AUGCUAACAGACCGUAAGCCAAAUCCACUUGUGGUCAUUGGAGCGGAGGACGAGAACGAAACUGGGUGGGUUGACUUCAGGCGACGGAUCGAGCCUCUACUAGGCUCUGCACCAUGUGACAUCGAUCUGACGAUUGAAACCGAAACUCUUAAAGAGCUAUCAGGAGCUGUUUAUGAUUCAAAGCAACCAGUCGACGAAGACGCCUCUACCGUACCCGUGGAUAUCGAGGAUCAAGAGAUAGUCGUAUCGAUACUGGAAAUCACAGACACUUCCCGCCUUGAGCGUCGGCCGGAUAUACACGAUGGGCUUGCGCUCAAGAAAUUCUGGGAUGAGGGGAAGCCUGCCAACGUGAAGGUUCGAACGUAUAUGGCUGAGCAGGGGGGCGACUUGGCGGCAGGCGUAAUGGCGGCGCUGGGGAGCUCGUUGGAUCUGGAUCCGAGACUCUUCCAGUCCGGCUUACGUGGGCAUAAGCGUGUUCUUGCGCCGUCGGAUCAUCAUAGGGCACCGUUCACGAGCAUAAAGUUUGGAGUGCCGAAGCUCUCGACGCCUUUGAUGACGGAUGCUGAGAAGUUUAAGGUUACGUUUUAUGUCAAGCCUGAUGAUGAUGUUGGUUCCCCCUUCUUCACAAUUUCUCCUCUCCUCCGCCUCAACUGCUUCUGCUGGGGCCGCGUCAUAACGAGCAUAGAUGAUAAAGAUCGGCGCAUCAAUGGCGUAUCCGACACCACGGUCGGACAUGCAGAGGGCAUCAAGAAGUCGCUGUCGUUGGUGCAGAGGGGUGGGAGUUUAGGGUGGAAGGGUGAAGAUGUUAGACUGGUAAAGGAGACGAAGAAUGCGUUGGAGGAGGACUUCAAGCGUGUGGUGCGGGAGACGGAGUUAUUGUGGGAGACAAGGGAGAAGAUGGCGAGCAAUCGUCGGUAG